AUGCCACCCGUCGUCGUCGGUGUCGACGGCGGCACCGGAGGCGUGCGCGCCGGCGUCUUCGACCUCAACGGCACCCCCCUGGGGUUCAGCGAGCGAUCGUACGCGACGACGUUCCCCGAACCGGGACGAGCCGAACAGAAUCCAAAAGAUUGGAUCGAUGGACUCGGGCUCGCGGUGCGCGAUGCCUUAGCGAGCGCGAACGUGGACGCGUCGGACGUGCUGGGGAUGUGCGUAGAUACGACGUGUUGCUCUGUCGUUGCCCUCGAUGCGAACGGGGAGGCGCUGAUGCCGUGCGUGUUGUGGAUGGAUGUCCGAGCGAGCGAAGAGACGCGAGAAGUCUUGGCGACGAGCGACGACGCUUUGCGGGUGAAUUGCGACGGACGCGGGCCCGUGAGCGCGGAGUGGAUGAUACCAAAGGCGUUGUGGAUGAAGAAAAAUCGACGGGAGGUAUACGACGGCGCUUCAAUGAUUUGUGAGUAUCAAGACUUCAUCAACCUGAAACUCACUGGGCGGUUUUGCGGGUCGAGGAAUAACGUCGGUGUUCGAUGGCACUUCGACGCCGGUGAACCGCCCAGGACAAUGUUGGAGAAACUUGAGAUGAGUGAGUUAUUGUUGAAGUGGCCGAGAGAGAUCUUGGACAUGGGGAGCGUGAUCGGGGGAUUGACGCCCGUUGCCGCAGCAAACUGCGGGUUGCUCGAGGGAACUCCGGUGAUUCAGGGAGGGGCUGACGCGUUCGUGGGCAUGGUGGGUUUGGGGGUGAUCGAGCCUGGACAAAUGGCGCUCAUCACCGGGAGUUCACACCUGCACUUAGGGGUGACGGAUGAGGAAUUCCAUGCGGCGGGAAUUUUUGGAACGUACAGAGCUGCGCUCGUGGAGAGCGCGCCGUUCGUCGUCGAAGGCGGACAGACAAGCACGGGCUCGGUCGUCCGGUGGUUCAAGGACUUGUGUGGUGGAGGCGAUGAGUUUUAUGACGAAAUGAAUCGCGAGGCGAGCGCUCUUCCGCCUGGAUGUGAGGGAGUGACAGUGCUCGAUCACUUCCAGGGCAACAGAACACCACACGUCGAUCCGCUCAGUCGUGGAGCCAUAUCUGGGCUCACUUUGAAGCACUCGCGAGCACACGUGUACAGAGCCAUCCUCGAGAGCGUGUGUUGCGGCACACGACUGAUAUUCGAGACGAUGGAGCGCGGAGGGUACGCGCCGAAGGAAGUUGUCAUCGCCGGAGGUACAACGCGCUCGGAACUGUGGUUACAAAUCGGUGCCGACGUUACCGGGCUUCCGCACGUGGUGACGGAGUGCACCGAUGCCCCUGCGCUCGGAUGUGCCAUCCUUGCCGCCGUCGGCGCCGGUGCCUUCAAGAGUAUUCGUGACGCCGUGAACGCCAUGGUGCGCAAGUCUCGAGUUAUUAUGCCAAACGUCGAAGCGCACGCCGCGUACUCGCGUUAUGUCUACCCGGCGUAUUUACGCAUGUACCCAUCCCUGCGUGAUGUCUUGGGUUGCAAGCGAGCGCCCGAACGGACGACGAAGAGGCGAGCGAUAGUGUGCCCGUCGCUGCUUGCCGCCGACCAAGGAGCGUUGGCGUCUGAGGUCAACCGCAUGCUCGACGAGGGCGCGGAUUGGUUGCAUGUGGACAUCAUGGACGGUCACUUUGUUCCAAAUCUUACCAUUGGACCUCCAGUCGUUGCGGAUUUGUCGAGGAGAGUCGGUCCCAGAGACGUAUUCUUUGAUUGCCAUCUCAGUGUGAAUAAUCCUGCCACGCUUGUGCCCGCGCUCGCCAAGGCUGGGGCAUCCAGCGUGACGUUUCACAUCGAAGUCGUCAACGGCGAACGUGCGGCGGAGCUGUGCAGGACGAUUCGCUCGCUGGGAAUGCGCGUCGCCGUCGCGUGCAAGCCAUCCACAUCGUGCGAAUCGAGCGGCGUGUACGACCUCUGCGAAGCGGGCCUGGUGGACAUGGUUCUCUGCCUCUCUGUCGAGCCCGGAUUUGGCGGACAAAAGUUCAAACCUAGCGUGCUCGACAAAGUCCGUUCCCUUCGCUCGCGCUUCCCCGAUAUCGACAUCCAGAUGGAUGGCGGCGUGAACCCGACGACGGCGGUCGAGUGCGCCGCUGCCGGCGCCAACGUUCUCGUCGCCGGAUCCGCCAUCUUCUCCGCCCCCGACCCCGCCCACGUCAUCUCCCUACUCAGAUCGGCAAUCGAAAACGCCCACUAG